AUGGUAACACAACUGUUGGAAUACUUCGAGAUCGCCGACAUUACGCAUGUGCUAAGAAAUGAGAACCAAGAAGCCAAUAAUCUAGCCCAAAUUGCUUCUGGAUAUAAGAUGUCAAAGUCGAAACUCCAAGAACUUAUUAAAUUUCUAGAGAAGAUGGUGUUGGAUGCACCACCACUAAGGGCAGACAUCCAAGAGGCAAAGGGGGAAGACAUCCUCGACGGAAGUGUCAGUUGUUCUGAAGGUUUCAAUGACGAGCGCCUCGAAGAUUUUGAGUUUGAAAAUUUAUGGGGACACGAAGCUUUUGCUGUUAUCAAUUCAUCACCAUUAGAUUGGAGAAAACCAAUUUUGGAGUACUUAGAGAAUCCAGUCGGAAAUACUGACAGGAAAAUCAAAUACAGGGCCCUGAGCUAUGUGCUGCUGGGGAAUGAAUUGUUGAAGAAAACUCCAGAGGGAGUAUUGCUUAAGUGUCUGGGAAGUACGAAAGCAUAUUUGGCUAUAUCUAAAGUGCACAGUGGAGCCUGUGGUGCACACCAAGCAGGCCACAAGAUGAAAUGGCUACUGUUCCAACAAGGCAUUUAUUCACCCAAUAUGUUGAAGGAUUGUAUCGAGUUCUCCAAAGGAUGCCGGGAAUGA